AUGCAGAUGGAGGCACCUGACGUGCCCCUCGAUUCGACUGCCCGCAGCUGGAACUACGCCAUCCCAAGCCACGUCCAGGAUGGCGUCGCGCAUGCUCGUUUUGACAUUCCAACGACAGGGUCAAAAUUUGAUACCGGGGUAUUGCUGACUUUAGACUCUCCUCAGCUCAGCGAGGUCAAUCCGUCCGUGUUUGACUGGUGGUACUUUGAUGCCGUCUCUGUGAGUGACCCGCGUGAGUCAUUGAUGGUCAUAUUCUUCACGACGACGGCGGCUGCGUUCCCGUGGCUUCCAUCUAACGAGUCAUCGGUGUUGAUUGCGUAUCUCUGGGUUUCCUUUGCAAAUGGAACCAUCUUUGAAGAAUACGUGCCUGCGACUAUUGCCACGGUUGCCGGCGGUGAGGAUGCAAGCUCGCCCAGUUCGGGGAAUUGGUCGUCGACUGGGCUUAGCUGGGCUGCCUCCCAAGAUGAUUUGUCCCAAUAUGAAACCCUGGAGCCUCAUUUGCCUUGUGGGAUUACAUCCGACACAACAGCCUUAGAGAUUGCUCCUCAUAUUGGGUGGGUUGCAUUGAAGCCUGAUGCGGUGGGCCAGGUCGAUAUCAGUGUGAAGCGUUCUCGUCUUCAAUUCCAAGGAUCAGCUUAUCAUGACAAGACGACCUAUGUGAGCAGCUAUGUAGCACGCGAUGGCCAAGUGCUAGUCUUGUCCUGCAACUCUACCCUACUCACCGUUCGUCCCAUUAGGGACUCUGAGACUAGCGCGCGAUAA